CUUAAGAGUUUGAGCACGUGUACUUGACAUUUGACGUGUGUUAACCUCACAUUGUUGAGUUUUUGAUUUGUUUUGACUACGAGCUUAAUAAAAAAUAGAAAACUGCUGUAAAAUGAAAAAAUAGAUAUUGAUUGUUCCAUUAUAGGUAAUCGAAUUUUUCUUGUUAUAAACAAAAUGUGUGAACAAAAUUCGAAACUCGACUUCUUCCUAGAUGACUUUAAGAAGUUAACAGUCAAGCCUGAUGUAUUUGUAAACCCUGAUGUUUCGCUUCAAACUACGAUAAAGUUAAACCUAAAAGAGACAUAUGAUUUUUCGAAAUCACAAGAGAUCAAAGUUACACACUCAAAAGCUUUGCCAGAGCUCUUGGUUAAAAACUUUGAUUUGGAACAAAUUUGGCAACAAAUAGAAUUACAGAAUGAUACUGUUCUCAUGCGUGUCUUGAAACCAAUCAGCAAGUUGCUGGUUAAUAAGGAAAGCUUGGUAUUCCCAAACCUUGAUGUUAAAGACAAAAUUGACGAUGAAGAUAAUACAAAAGAAGAUUCAGAUAAAGAUAUGGAUGGCACUAAUGAAGAAUUGCUUGUUUCUGAAAAUGAUGAAUCAGGUGAUGAGGAAGAAGUUAACAAUUCUGAUGAUAACCAUAGUGAUAUUGAUGAGAUUGAAUUGAAAAAACCAAAAAAGAAGUCCUCUGUUGAAGAUGGCUUUUUGGAUCUAGAAGAAAUGGAAAAGUUUGUAAGAAAUGCAGAAAAGAAUCUUGAACCAGAUUCUGGCAAUGAUACAGAUGGAUCAGAAUCUGAAGAAGGCAGUAUUGAUUUCUUUAAGGAUGAUGAUGAAGAUGAAGAAAAAGUAAAACAAGCAAAGUUUAAAGAUUUCUUUGUGGCAAAAGACAAUGGUACUAAGGAAAUAAAGAAAAAUAAAUUCUUAGAUGAUAUGGAUGAUGAUGACCUGGAAGAUGAACAAAGAAAGUCAACUUUAGAACAAAGGGAAGAGAGACUAAAUAGGAAGAUUGAAGAGAUUGAGCAAUCAGCUGUUGGGGAAAAAUAUUGGCCUCUAAAGGGAGAAGUUAAAGCUGAUGAUAGGCCACAAAAUUCACUUUUGGAAGAAGUUGUUGAGUUUGAUUUAAUAUCUAGACCAGCUCCUGUAAUAACUGAGAAAACGACAGUCCAGCUAGAAGACAUAAUAAAGCAAAGAAUAAAAGAUAAGGCAUUUGAUGAUGUUGAGAGGAAAGUGAAACUUGUUGAAACCCCAUUGGAACUGAGGAAAAAAGUACUCCUGGACCAAGAAAAAAGCAAGCAUUCCUUGGCCCAAAUCUAUGAGAAAGAAUAUCUAAACCAACAAGCAGCUUUGGAUCCCAAUGCUGAAGAUAAGGAAGAGGAGGAGCCAGCGAUUCACAAGCAAGUGAAGGCUGCUAUGAAAGAAUUAUUUAGCAAGCUAGAUGCCUUGUCCAACUUCCAUUUUACACCCAAGCCAGCUAAACCUGAGCUUAAGAUUGUUAGCCAUCUGCCUGCUAUUAGUAUGGAAGAAGUAGCACCUGUUACAGCUAGUGAAGCUACUCUUUUGGCACCUGAGGAGAUCAGGAACAAAUCUAAGGGUGAUCUGAUUGGUAAAUCAGAGAGAACUUCAACAGACAAAAAUAGGGAGAGAAGAAAAAAGAAAAAGAAGCAAAAGGAACAUUUGAAGCAAAUUGCUAAAAACAAAUCACCAAAUGUGCAAAAGUUGGAGAAAAAGAGAAGUAAUUUGAAAAAGGUCAUGAAAGCAAGGAAUGUAGAAAAGAUGGAUGAAAAACUGAAUCCGAAAGCCAUAAGAUCUUCUAAGGCAUUCUUCACACAAUUACAAGAUGAGGUCAAGACACACAUAAGUGAGAAGGUUAAAAAGAAAAGGAAAAGCAGUCAAAAACCACAAUUUGACAGCAAGAAAAUAAAACUUUGAAUUGUUUUAUAUAUACAUUAUAUAUAUAUAUUAAAUAAAAUGGUGUUACAAUUAG